AUGCUUCUCCCCAAUUCCCUUCUUGCUAGCUUUCACAGGGUGAGAUGCCAGUGCACGAACCCCAAUAUCACAGCCAUUGAUCUCAUCAACAUCCCUUAUGCAACCAUUGACUAUUAUCCCAGCCCACCCAUUAUUCUGGGCCUGCACGACAGGGUUCCCGCCAAGAAUGGCACACCUCAUGCUACCGCCACCAUCGACAACAAGGACUCGCCCGUUGCCUCUCUCCUCGAGAAACUCGCGCACCAAAACAUUGUCCUCGAAGACUUUGAGAGUCACAACGGGCCCGGAGAAUACUUGCCGCCUGCCGUAAAUUUGGAAACACGGCUGGAGGGCCCGAAGCUCGCCGCUCACGAUGAGCUGCGGGUUCGCGUCGCAGACUUCGGCUGUGUUUCUAAUGGAAUGCUCAUAAGACAAAUGUGGCUGACAGAGAAGGGGAAGGGAACUUCAGCAAGGAGCUCACCAACAAAUUUCAAUAUAUCAGAUAUUGGUUUCAUAUCUCCCUACUUUAUUGUGAUCCACAUCAAAUCCUCUUCGUUCUCCUCUCCAAAAUCAAGAUCCAAACAUCAGGACAAUCAAAGCACAAUAACGAAAAGGGAAAAUGAAUAA